AUGUCUCCCGCUCGCAAAGCCCUCAUCGCCAUCACCUCAGCCAAAGCCACCCUAAACAAGGAAACAACAGGCCUCUUCAUCACCGAAGCCCUACACCCCUACAAUGUCCUCGUAGCCGCGGGCUUCGAAGUCGACCUCGCCUCAGAGACAGGCACCUACACCGCCGACUGGCUCUCCCAAACACCCGACUUCCUCAACGGCGACGACCUGGCAAUCUGGAACGACACUAACAGCGAGUUCCGCAAGAAGCUGGACAACAUGCCCAAAGCUGUCGACCUGAAUGCAUCCCAAUACGGAGUUUUCUAUGCCUCCGCCGGCCACGCCGCUCUGAUCGAUUACCCAACUGCGACCUCGCUGCAGAAGAUCGCUGAGCAGGUCUGGGCUAGUGGUGGUGUUGUUGCUUCUGUCUGUCACGGUCCUGCUAUCUUUGCCAAUAUCCUUGAUCGUGAGACUGGAAAGCCUGUUAUUCAGGGUCGGAGACUUACUGGUUUCACUACUGAGGCGGAGAAUACUAUGGGUAUUAUUGGAGAUUUGAAGAGUUGGAAUGUUGAGCUUUGUGAGGAGAUUGCUGCUCGUCUUGGUGCUAAGUAUGAGCGCUCUACUGGUAUUUGGGAUGACUUCCAUGUUGUUGAUGGCCGCCUUGUUACUGGGCAGAACCCUGCUAGUGCCAGUUCUACUGCUAAGGCUGCUGUUGAGGUCUUUGAGAAACUUUAG